GGAAGUGGUUGUUGUCCCAGCCGCACGUUGUUCAGCUACCCCGUGCUGGAUGCCAGAGCAGAUGUCUGUGGAGAUGGUGGAGGUGUCGGCGCGAUCCGCGGAGCCGCCCCGGCCCGCCGGGGUCCUACAACAGAACCGGGUCUUCCUCGACUUCUUCUGGGACCUGGCCGCACCGGAGCAGGAGGUCCGGCUGAAGGCGGUGGAGAACCUGAUCCAGUACCUGAAAGCAGAAAACAAGGCCGAUGAGCUGGCUUACACGUUUAAAAGGCUGGUGGACGGACUGGCCCACACCCGGGAGGCGGCCAGACCCGGGUUCAGCCUGGCUCUGGGGCAGGUGUUAAGUACCUUUGAAGACGUCUCCCUGCAGAGCAUCCUGGACAGGAUCAAAGAGAAGCACAACCUGCAGUCUGUGAAAAAGAAACUCGCCAGAAAUGCCAUGUUUGGGAACCUGUUUGGCGUCCUCGCCCUCCAGCAGUCGGGACGCCUCGUCAAAGAGCCACAGGUGGUGCUGGGAUGCGUGCAGCUCCUUCAGAGUCUGAACCAGCACAAACAGCACCUGAAGGACCUGCCCAGUAAGACCAUGACAGACAUCCUCAGUCAGAUACCAGAGGAGGUGUUCGAGGAAGUCCUGUUCAGCGCUCUGAAAGCCGACCUGGCGUCGGCCUUCAGGACGCCGGAGCAGCUGCAGCUGCUGCUGGUGGCGCUGCAGCGCUUCCCGCAGGCGCUCAAACCCAAGAAGCUCAAGCAGCUGCUCGGCUCCUCCACCAUCAUCAACGCAGAAAACAUCCCAAAGUUGGUGGAGGUUUUGAAGAUGGCGGCCCACUCGGUGAAGAAGGAGCUUGUCCUCCCCUCCGUGGCCCUGGACCUGCUGAAGCUCUCUCUGAAGGAAGACAGCUUCCAGCUAUUCUGGAACAAAGCCAUCACGGAGGCAAUGUUCAAGGAGCCGUCCGGACCGACGCACUACCUUAGCUUCCGUCUGCUGGGCAGAGCCCUGCCUCUGCUGUCCCUAUCCCAGCUGAAGGAGGUUUUAUCUGGAGAGGUGAUGAUGCACUACGGCGAACAUGUAGUUUCGGCCCAGAGACCGGACCGCUUCAAACUGGCGCCGGAAAUGGACGGCUUUGUGUCGGACUUCCUGCAGGCCUGUCGGGACGCUGAUAAACAGCUGGUGGUCGUGGUGAGCUUCUCCUCGCUGACCAACAACGGUUACCCCGUGGUGCCGUCAGUGUGGAGGGUGGUGCAGCACCUGGAGCCCGCUGCUCUGCAGAGCUACGUGGACUGGCUCAAAAAGAUGUUCCUGCAGCCUCAGAUGGACCAGCUGCUGGACUUCAGCACCCGCAAUCAGAAAGACAAGCAGGAGGGCAAAGAGCAGAAAGAGAGCACGAUAUUCCGCCUGAGGAAGUGGAUCGUCCCUCGCCUCGCCUCGAUCGUUGACAACCAUAUGGUGAAGAAAUCAGAGGAUCUUUGCACGGACGUGGCCCGGUUUGUCUUUUUCCACGCUUUCUUCAGCACCAAGAAGGCUACAGCCGACAUCGCAGAGACGAGCGGGAAACUUUCCGUCCCGCUGGAUGCUAAAACCAGAGGAGUGCUCGUUAAUUCAUUCUUUGGACCCCUCAUGUCCGUGCACCACAUGCCGCUCAGCGACGACAGCGCUGCCGUCAAUCAGAGGCGAUCGCUCGGCGCGACGGCAGACGGCACCAUGUGGAUCCUCCACCUGGCCCAGUACGCCCAGCUCCUGCUCAGCCAUCCCAAACACGUCCAAAGCGUUCGGCCGUUCAGCGCCGAGCAGAAACAGGCCUGGGACGGGAUGCUGGAGUCGGUGGCGAAUCUGAGGAAAAAAACAAAGAAAGGGGGGACGGCAGAGAUCGCCGCCUUCCAGCAGCUCUUCCUGCUGGUCGGCAUGCACCUGUUCAAGGCUCCGGAUGAGCUGCUGGACAUCAUGAAGGACCUGCAGAGGUGCGUGGACAAAGCCCAGGAGAAGAAAGCAAAGAAGAAGAAGAAGACGAAGCAGCAACAAGCCGCAGAGCAGCAGGAGGAGGAGCCGGAGUGGGUGGAGGUGCUGGUGGACAUCCUGCUGUCCCUGCUGUCCCAGCAGAGCCGACACGUCAGGCAGGUCUGCAAGACGGUCUUCUCCUCCAUCUGCCCCCACGUCACCGCAGCAGCGCUCACCGCCAUCUUAGACGUCUUGGACCCGGACAAGGAAGAUGAGGAAGACAGCGCUGUAGUUGUGACAGACGAUGGCGACAAAACGCAGAAGAAGAAUCUCAAGGAUGAUGAUGAUGACGACGACGAUGAUGAUGAUGAAGAGGAGGAGGAGCAAGAAGAAGAAGAAGAAGAAGAUAUGGAGGCUGACGAGUCAGACGAGUCCGAUAAUGAUUCUGACGAGGAGGAUGCAAUGGAGGAAGCAAUGGAGGAGGAAGAUGAAAAGAUGGAGGGAGGAGAAGUGGACCAAAACUUUCGCAUGGAGCUGAUGAAGGUCCUGCAGCAGCAGAACGCUCUGGCCACGGAGGAGGACGCCGACAGCGACGAAGAUCUGGACGACGAAGCCAUGAUGAAGCUGGACAAGAGCCUAUCAGCGCUGUUCUCUGAGCAGAAGAAGAAGCUCCAGGCGAAGAAAGACGAGAAGGCGAAGCUGCAGAAAGAGAGGGUUCUGCUGCGGGAGUUCAAGAUCAAGGUGUUGGACCUGGUUGAGGUGUUUGUGGCCCGGCAGGCUGGGAGCCCCCUCAUUCUGGGUUUAGUGGAGCCUCUGCUGAACAUCAUCGAAAGAGGAAUGAGCUCCGGGAGCGAACAGCAGGAGCAGGAAUUCCUCCGCAGAGCCGCAGACAUCUUCAGGAACCAUCUGUGCAGGUCCAGAGUGUACUGCAAGACCGCCGGCGACAGGCAGGGGGAGCUCCACGACCUGCUGGAGAAACUGAUGAGCAGAGCCCAGAAGCUGUCCGAGUCCUCCGUGUGUCUCUACUACUUCAGCGCGUCUCUUUAUGUGGUGAAAGUGCUGCGCGGUCCUCUGCCCGCUGAGACCAAAGAGGAGCCGAUGGCCGACGGAGCGGCGGCUGCAGUAAACGAUCCGACGUUCAUGGGGAGCGUUGACGUGGAUCGGGUGUCGACGCUCUUCAGGGAGGCUCUGAUCUCCUUCAUGAGCCGAAGGAAGAGCCCGCUGACGACCCAGAUGUUCACCGACUUGUUCAACAGGUUCCCCGUUUUAUGCGUGAGCCUCCUGGAGACGGUGGUGCAGCACAUCACGGCCGGACUCCGGGAACAUCAGCAGGGUCAAGCGUGCGUGUUGGUGUUGCGAGCGAUGCAGAACAAAGACGUCCAGCAGAUUCAGAGCGCCGAGCAGAGGACGCAGCUCUGCGAGAAGGUGUCGGAGCAGCUGGCUUUGAGUAUCGGUCAGGUGGACCCAGCUCAGACCAAGGUGGGCAAAGAGAAGCUGGUUAAAACCCUGGAGCUCUGUCAGUUUUUGGUCAAACACGUUCACUACCAGAAACUGCCUGUGGACCUCGAGCCCCUGAAGAAGUCCUUAGACUCCUUGACCAGCAGCAUCACUUUCAAGAAGACCGGACAAAUGGAGGACACCUACUGGGCUGUGAUGAAACACUUUGGAGUGACGAAGCCCAAAGUUGUAAAGACGAAGCCUGACAAGGACGGCGAGCAGGAGGCUGCUCCCAAGAAGAAGAAAGGUUUCCUGCCAGAAAGCAAAAAACGUAAAAAGCGCAACAAGCCUGUGCUGGAGCCGGCGGCGGGGCAGCCGUCCCCUGCCGACAAACCCGGGGAGCAGAGGGGACAGGCGGCAAAGAAACAGGACAAGAAGGCUAAACAGAAACGACCCGCCCAUGGAGCGGCUGCUUCACCUUCCAGCCCGGCCAAGAAGAGCAAAACACAACCCGACAGCAAAGCUGGCAAGAAGAAGAAGAAACCCAAGCAGAAGAAGGGUGUGGAGCAAGCAUAAUGUGGACUAUUUAAACAGACGAGAAAAUAUCCUUUUAAACCGUCUUUUUUUCCCCCCCCCGACUCUGUUUUCUCCAGUGUUCAGCAAAUGUAAAGCAGAGAUGUGUAGGAAGUUUAUUUUUUUCUAACAUGUGACUGCAGUUGAUUUUAAAAACAGUCUGAAACAAUAAAAAAUGUUUCUCA